GGAGGUGCGAAGGCAAGCAUAUACACUUCUGCACUUCAAAUGGUGCUCAUUUUAUUCAGUAUGGUGAUGAUUUUUUCGAUCAGUUUAUACAGAUCUGGAGUGAGCGAAGUUCUGGAAGCCGCUUCUGCUGGUGGCCGUCUGCAGCUGCUUGAGUGGCUUUUUCCGCGCUUUGUUGUUGAUGAAUUAUCUGUGAUUCCUGGAAUGGUCGGGUUGUUUGCAGCGGCAAUAUAUAGCGCUGGUUUAAGCACAGUAUCAGCUUCAUACAGCGCUCUUGCGGCAGUUUUCAUUGAGGAUGUUAUUAAGCAAUAUCGUGCAAAAGUGCAGAAGUGUGACCCAAUGAAAGGAAGCACUGUUAUAAUGCUAGCGCGAUAUUUACGUAUGCUUUUUGCUCUUCCAUUUAUCGCGUGGAUUUCGGCAUCUCUAUUGUGA